ACCUCGAUGACGUCACACAGGAGGAAAAACAAAACAAAAUGGCGUCUGGCGGAGAUUACGUUGUUUUGGUUAUUAUGGUUUCUAGGUCUUAAUUACAACGUACAUGUGCACGUGUGUGUCGUUUAACAGAGUAAACGUCGUUAUUAAUUGUUUGUAUGCGGAUACAUUAGUCUGAGUGCACUUUGACGUGCUAGCCUAGCCUGCUGGUUAGCUUAGCUUGUUAGCUGCUAACAAAGAGAGGCGGAAGUGAUCGACACAUCAAAGCAGAGAUCCACUACGUCUGUGAAGAACAUCUUCACCCUUAGCAACAGAAGUGGAGCUUCAGGAUGCGGACGGAGGAAACACAGCCCUCCCACAUUAAGAUGGAAGAGGAAUACACACUGAUCCCCCAUUUUAAAAAGGAAGAGGAGGACCCACUGACACCCCUUUUUAAAGAGAAAUCAGUGGACCCACUGAGUCCUCACAUUAAAGAGGAAGAGGAGGAACACCGCAUCAGUCAAGAAUGGUUGAAGGAGUUCCAUGUGAUUGUGAAGAGUGAAGAUGAUGAGGUGAAAGGUGAAAGUGAGGAGAGGGGAGGGGGGGAGCCUCCAAGCAGCAGCUCAACACAACACAUGACAACAGAAGCUGAUGGAGACCACUGUGGAGGAUCACAAGCAGACAAGCUCUUAGCUCCACUAUCAGAUAGUGAGGACACAACGUCACACUCUCCUGACACUGAUGAUGAAGACUCUAAAGAUGAUAAGACAUGUCACACUGACAACACUCACUUCACAUCUUCUCACUGUCACAAAACUUUUAAAUACCAUUGUCUUCUGAAAAGACACAUGAGAACACACACUGGAGAAAAAGCCUUUUCAUGCUCAAUCUGUGGUAAAGGUUUUACUCGAAGGCACUCUUUGAAAGUACACAUGAGAACACACACUGGAGAAAAACCUUUUUCCUGCUCAGAAUGUGGUAAAUAUUUUACUCUAAGGGUCAAUUUGAAAGUACACAUGAGAAUACACACUGGAGAAAAACCUUUUUCCUGCUCAGAAUGUGGUAAAAGUUUCAUAACAAAUCAUACCUUAAAAGAACACAUGGGAACACACAAUGGAGAAAGACCUUUUUUAUGUUCAAUCUGUGGUAAAGAUUUUACUCGAAGGCACUAUUUAAAAACACACAUGAGUACGCACACUGGAGAAAAACCUUACACAUGUUCAGUAUGUUGUAAAAGUUUUAUACAAACUACGUAUUUGAAAAGACACAUGAGAACACACACAAGUGAGAAAGUGUUGAGUUGCAGUGUGUGUGGUGAAAGAUUGUCUUCUAAGUAGCAGUGUAAGAAACACAAGUGUGCUGGUGAGAACAGCAGCAGCAAAUGAAACUGCAGGAUUUGAAAUAAACUGUAAAAACUUUAACUUUGACCUUCUAACAACACCAGCACAUAGAUGCUAACAUUAAUAGAUUUGAUAUAUCAGUUAAUUGCUAUUUUCAGUCAAGUACAUGUUUAAUAUACAACAUGGUGUACUUUUAUUUAAAAAUGAACACAACACUUUGACUGCAAAGGUGAGAAUAAACAGGACAAAUCCUGUUAGAAAUACUUGUG